AUGGCAGCCUUUUGUGGAGGUGGUUAUGGGCAAGUGAAGCGUGGGGGAAUCCUACGACCACAAAUCCUAUAAAGGUUCGUGAUACUAGGAGAAAGACUGCGAGGUGGUGCUCUCACUGAUUCGCAAAGGCACGUAAGUGCAUCAACAUCAGAAAGACUACGAAUGAGAGAACAACAUGGUAGUGCCCUUCCAAUUCCAAGGAAACGAUCAAUAAUACUUAGGAUAGUGCCACAUAUUCGUAGUUUGGCACCAAUAAUCCUUGGGCAUGUGCCACGCGGGGGAGGCGGUGGUGGAGGAGGUGUUAAUGGUGUGCGUGGAGGAGGGACUGGUGGUGCAAGCGGUGGAGAAAUUGGUGGAGUUUUUGGUGGAGACAUUGGUGGUGCACGCGGAGGAGAAGUUGGUGGAGUGCUUGGUGGAGACAUUGGUGGUGCACGCGGAGGAGAAGUUGGUGGAGAUACCGGUGGUGUUUGUGGGGGAGUCCUUGGAGGAGAAAUUGGUGGAGACACUGGAGGAGUACGGGGAGGAAGCAAUGGUGGAUUACUUGGUGGAGGAACUGGUGGUGCAAGCGGGGGAGAAGUUGGUGGAGUUUUUGGUGGAGACAUUGGUGGCGUACGCGGAGGAGAAGUUGGUGGAGCUCUUGGUGGAGACAUUGGUGGUGCACGGGGAGGAGAAGAUGGUGGAGAUUGUGGUGGUGAACGUGGAGGAGAAGUUGGUGGACUCCUUGGUGGAGACAUUGGUGGUGCACGGGGAGGAGAAGAUGGUGGAGAUUGUGGUGGUGAGCGCGGAGGAGAAGUUGGUGGACUCCUUGGUGGAGAUACCGGUGGUGUCCUUGGAGGAGAAGUUGGUGGAGUUCUUGGUGGAGACAUUGGUGGUGCACGGGGAGGAGAAGAUGGUGGAGAUUGUGGUGGUGAACGCGGAGGAGAAGUUGGUGGACUCCUUGGUGGAGAUUGUGGUGGUGAACGCGGAGGAGGAGUUGGUGGACUCCUUGGUGGAGAUACCGGUGGUGUCCGUGGGGGAGUGGUUGGGGGAGUUCUUGGAGGAGGAAUUGGUGGUGUCCGUGGAGGAGAAAUUGGGGGAGACACUGGUGGUGCACGAGUCCUAGGAGGAGGAACUGGUGGUAUACGCGGAGGAGAAGUUGGUGGACUCUUUGGGGGAGAAACAGGUGGUGUCCGUGGAGGGGUAGGUGGUCUUCGGGUUGAUGGUGUAGGUGGUGUGCGGGGACGAGGCUGUCCGCUGGCUUUGAUGUGGCCUUGGAAGAGGAUGAUCAGCGCAAUGACGAAAGCUAGGGUUGCUUUUGUACAUUUUUUAUCCAUUUUUUUCAUGUCCUCAAAGGAGGAUUAUGUAUGGAUGUACUGGUGA